GCGAGAAGAGAGAUGGGGAUAGUGCUGUCGAUAUGCUUCGAAUGGUCAGCUCCGACGCUCGCCCCCGCCAUGUCACUCAAGAGCGCCUCACUCCGGCGUCUUCGAUCUCUCACGCCCUGGGCGAUCCAGGAUAGCAGGGAAUUUCUGGUGAGAACGAAGAAAUUUGCCAUCAAGGAGCACAUACAAUGCAAGUUUGAGGGUCUCGGAUCCUCGGAACGCUGCCGAUGCGAAGAUUUCAAGCAGCAAAAGGGGCAGCCAGCGAUUGUGGGACUCCAUUCCAACUGGGUGACUGACAACAUAGUAGCUACAGCUCGUCCAUCGGAUGCUCUCAUCGGUGAUUAUUCCGUGCUAGAACAGUUUGCAAAAUGCGGUUUAGGUGCGAUUUUCAAUCUCCAAGAGCCUGGCGAGCAUGGAGAUUGUGGACCAGGAAUCAAAGUCGAGAGUGGAUUUUCAUACACACCAGAAAGUCUCAUGAGAAACAAGAUCUUCUAUUAUAACUUUCCAUGGAGGGACAUGACUUGCCCGAGCGUCGAGUACACUCUGAACAUUGUGGCAGUGAUGGAUUUCCACAUUUCUAAGGGAGCUAAGGUAGCUGUUCACUGUCAUUCCGGACUUGGACGCACUGGGCUUGUGAUUGCUUGCUACUUGGUGUACACGGGGCAAAGGAAUGCUGUCGGACUUUUUCCUGUGGCUCAGGCUGUGGAGCUGGUCCGCAUGCAUAGGUUUGCCACCAUUUUCCCCAGCGAUUCAACAUAUUUCUACCAGGAGCUCUUCAAACAAAACAACAAGUGCUGCACGUGAAAGAGUUUGAGGACUUUCUAUCAGGAUUGAAGAUUGUGUACGUGCAGCCUUGGCAAACUCUGGACAAUGCCGGUACCAAAGGAACGCAUCCGACGCUAGAAAUUUUGAUGGCAAGGCAAAGACAAAUGCUUCAUGGGGAAGAAAGUCGCCUUCUCCGAUAUACUCCAAAGGUAACAGACGUCUAGCGCUUUUGUUGAGGACUUUCUUGGUACAGGUUUUGGUGUGUUUGGUUCGGGAGCUUUCAAGCCGUAUUGUUUUGAGCAAAAUCAACAAAGAAGCAGUCGCUUCUGCUCUUUUGCAAGGAUUGGCACUUGAGAUGACAAGCGAAAAAGAUCAAAACUUCAUCUCAGACGUACAAACGGCGAAGGUAUCAAUAACUUUUUGUGGAUGUAUACUAUUUGCCGUCCAUAAUCAUGCAGAAAAAGCUAAACACGGGCAAUUGGGAGGUACUUUGUAGCCUCGAUGUUCGAA